AUGGGUAGACCUUUUGCAGAAGCAAUCAAAAUAGGGGAGAUGGUCGAAAAUGGCCUCAAGACAGGUAGAAUUGUAAGUCAAGCUGCUCUCAAAGCCACCACCCAAGCUAUCCAAAAUGGGUCGGGAGGUUUGGCAAAUAGAAAGAAGAGAGAUGAAUGGUCCAUGAUGGCUUCGGGAUCUAGGGAGUUUCAAAGAGGGGCAUCGCACCCUUAUGUGCAAUUUCAGCAGGGGCAAUCCAGCUACCCUCAACAUUAUUAUCCCCCGCCGAUUCCUCAAUACUCUGUGGGCCCACCACAAUAUACAGUGUUCAAUGCUCAAUCAUAUGCUCGGCCUCCCAAUCAGCAGGUACGGGCACCAGCUCCAAGGGCCCCCCGACCUCAGCAGCAAAAUUUUCGGGCACCUUACAAUGCUCGUCCCAGGCAGGAUUAUGGUCGAGAGCAGAGGCCGGUAGAAAAAUUCACUCCAUUGGCUGAAUCAUAUUCUAGUCUAUUCCAGAAGCUGAAGCAAAUAGGCGUAAUUGGACCCAUCGCUCCCCACCAUAUGCAUCCCGAUUUGCAUGGAUUUCAAGCAAAUGCUAGAUGUGAAUAUCAUUCUGGUGCCCCAGGGCAUAACACUGAUGACUGUUGGACUCUGAAAAGAGCCAUAGAGAGACUCAUUUCUGAAAAACUGAUUGUAGUGAUGAAUGGCGAGGACCCUCCUAACGUGACAAACAACCCGUUGCCAGCACACAAUGAUGUUCAUUUUGUGGGAAUGAUUGGCCGAGACCAAGAAUACAAGCCGCUCGGUCGAGCAGAAAUGACAGUGGGUGCAAUUCAAGAAGGAGCAGGUCUGGAAGUAAGUCCCAGCCGAGAUGUGCCAUUGAUUGUGAAAGGCGCCCAGAGCUCAAAUAAGGCAACUUUAUUUGUUCCAAAGAUCUCGAGGUUGGAAGUUCACUCCAGUGUUCCAAGCCCAAGGUUAUAUGUACUUGGAGGCCACCCCGUCAAAAGGGAGAAGCAGGGAGGUACGAAAGGUAUAACAGAGCCGAUCGUAAUCAAACCUGCCGUGCAACCCCCUGUGACCAACACAAAAACCACUCCUUGGAACUACAACAAAACUGUGAUGACCUACAAAGGCAAGGAAAUCAUAGAGGAAGUGGGGGAAACUGGAGGUUUUACUCGAUCAGGGAGAUGUUACUCUCCAGAAGAGUUGAGGAAGGCCAAGCAAAUUAGAGAAGGCCAUUUGCCAAUAAAGAAACCAGUCACUGAAGCAGAUGCGGAAGAGUUUUUGAAAAAGAUGAAAGUUCAGGAUUACUCAAUCAUUGACCAGCUAAGAAAGACUCCCGCUCAAAUCUCUCUACUAUCUCUGCUCCUACAUUCCAAAGAGCAUGCCCGUGUACUAAUCAAGGUCCUGAACGAGGCACAUAUCUCAGAGGAGACCACAGUGAAUCAGUUAGAGAAGAUGGCCAACAGAUUUUUCGAGGUGAACAGAAUCUCCUUUACUGAUGAUGAACUUCCCGAGGAAGGAGCCGGGCAUAAUAGGGCUUUGAACUUGAUGGUCAAAUGUGAGGGUCAUUAUGUAAAGCGAGUCAUGGUUGAUGGAGGCUCAAGUGUAGAUGUAUGCCCUCUCUCUACCUUGCAAAGCAUGAAGAUCGAUACAGACAGAAUCCGACCGAGCAAUGUUCGCAUCCGGGCUUUUGAUGGCUCAGCAAGAGAUACCAUUGGGGAGAUCAACCUCACCAUGACGAUUGGGCCAGUUGACUUUGAGAUUGUCUUCCAAGUAGUGGACAUGGCCACUUCUUAUAACUUUCUUCUUGGAAGGCCAUGGAUCCAUACGGCCCGAGCUGCAAAAAUUACUGUUCACCGAGAAGACGAGUCUUCUAUUUAUAAAGACCCGUUAAUCCCCUGUAUUGAGGCCAAGGAAGGGUCUGAGUACAUUGUCUACCAGGCUUUUGAAGUGGUUACUAUGGACCAUGUCGAGGAAGGAAAGCCCAUUUUGUAUCCUCGUCUUUCUGCCACAUCUGUAAUGGCGGCUGCAGUUAUGAUAAGACAAGGUUAUGAGCCAGGAAAAGGUUUGGGAGCACCAUUGCAAGGAAUUUCGGAGCGUAUUUCUCCGUUUGGUAACCAUGGUACUUUAGGAUUGGGCUUCAGGCCAACACAAGCAGACGAAAACAAAGCCAAACACCGCAAAAAGCAUGGAUGGGUCUUGCAACAGCCUAUCCCUCAUAUUUUCUACACUUUUGUCAAGCCACGAUUCCGAGAGGGUCAAAAUUCCUCGGCGCAUGCAAACAUUAUUGAAAUUUUCCAUGGCCUCAGCGAGAUGUUUUCUGAAGUGAAUAUGAUUCAGGCUGGUGAAGGAACUAGUCGUGCCGAUAUGUGGACAGAGAUUGCCAAAAAGCUUUUGACAGGAUCAAAGAUUAUCUGUCAAAAACCCCUGUACUGGUCCCGCCUGAACCUGGUAGGCCUUUGUUUUUAUAUCUAUUGGUGA